GUUCAUUAAAACAACAUUCAAGUGAAGUUUGGCGCUCAUUUACUUAUGUACGGCUGUAGUGCGCGGUUGACUGUCUGAUUAGCCGGUGAAUAUUCAUUCGCACAUACAAAUCCAUAGAGUUGCGUCGCGAAAUGUUGCAAAGUGACAAACGAUUUUCCAGUUUAUAUAAAAUCGCAUUCUUAUGUGGCUUAAUUGCGGUCAACUGUGUGAAUGAGGUCAAAAGCGUUGAGUUCUACGCUGAAAAACCCGCCUUCCUGCCUUCAUGUAAAAUCUAUCAGCCUGGUUUUACAAAAUGUUCUACAAACUCUGUGCAAAAAUUAAUUGAUCAACUGGUUAUUGGUAUACCUGAAGUAGUGGAGGAGUUUGGCCCCUUCGAUCCAAUGCAUGUACAUGACAUAUACUUCAAACAAGACGGCAACGAUGUAGCCAGAAUUCACGCAAAUUUGAGUGAUGUUAUAGUGAAGGGAUUCUCGAAGACAAACAUUAAGGAGAGCAGAGUCAGCAAACGGGACUUCAACUGGAUUACCAAAAUCUUUUUACCCAAAAUGCGAAUGGAUGCCGUUUAUAAAAUGGAAGGGCAGAUUUUAUUGAUACCCUUGAGAGGUUCCGGCAAAAUGUUUAUAGAAAUCGACAAUCUCGACAUUACACUCUACACGAAAACGCGGCUCUACGAAAAAGCUGGCUUCACUUUCGACAACGUAACUGCAGUUCGUGUUGACUUGAAUAUGACACGCGUACGCACAAAUUUUGAAAAUAUUUUCAAUGGACACAGCAAGGAGGUGGAACGAAGCACUAAUGAAUUCUUCAAUGAGAAUUGGCGCGACUUUUACGAAGCACUCAAGCCGAUUAUCACCGAAACCGUAGAAACGAUAUUGUACGAUGUGAUGCACAAAGUUUUCAAUUUAAUACCGGCGAAUUUCUUUGUCGAAGAUAUACCCACCUCGGAGCAAUUGUAUGGCACGAAUAAAUCAUUAACCGUUGCGUAGAAAUGGAAAUGGAGUUACUGACGUGUAUACAUAUGUAUUUUGUUUGAAAA